UUUAUUUGAUUGCUUUGGUGGAGAGGCGCGGGGCUCGGGCUCCCGGCGCCCCACAGCUGGGGAGCGCACCCGCUACCCGGGGCGGAGGUGGGCCCCUCCGAAUGCCAGCGGGAGGCGGCGGCGGCCGCGGAGACCCCGGGGGAUGUGACAGCCGCCGGGGAGGGGCCGAGACGCGGACUACACGUUGCCCACGUGCCGGGACCAGACGGGGGCUCAGCCCCUAAGCUGCCUAGUGCGUGGGACGGCGGGGGCGCGCUUCGAGUCACCCCUUUAUCCCAGCUUCCCUGGCUCGGCAGAGACCGGCUUGGGGAUGCCCGGCCGCCCGGCCCCCUUCUCGGAACGCGGCGUGAGGAGCGAGACAGAGGAAAAGACCGAGGGGCGGCCGGCGAGUCCCAGCGCGAGCUGAGGGUGCCAGAGGUAGGGGCCAAGAAACAAAGUUCCGGGGCUCCCUGCGGGGCGCUGUCUGGGCCGCCCGUUUGGCCGCCCCCCUCUUCGCGAAGGCAAUGGCUUCCAAACUCCUGCGCGCGGUCAUCCUCGGGCCGCCCGGCUCGGGCAAGGGCACCGUGUGCCAGAGGAUCGCCCAGAACUUUGGCCUCCAGCAUCUCUCCAGCGGCCACUUCUUGCGGGAGAACAUCAAGGCCAACACCGAAGUUGGUGACAUGGCAAAACAGUACAUAGAGAAAGGUCUUUUGGUUCCAGAUCAUGUGAUCACACGCCUCAUGAUGUCAGAGUUGGAGAAUAGGCGCAGCCAGCCCUGGCUACUAGAUGGUUUUCCUAGGACAUUAGGACAGGCUGAAGCUCUGGACAAAAUCUGUGACCUGGACCUAGUGAUCAUUUUGAACAUUCCAUUUGAAACACUUAAAGAUCGUCUCAGCCGACGUUGGAUUCACCCUCCUAGCGGAAGGGUGUAUAACCUGGACUUCAAUCCACCUCAAGUACCUGGGACUGAUGACCUCACUGGAGAACCAUUAGUCCAGCAGGAGGAUGAUAAACCCAAAGCAGUUGCUGCCAGGCUCAGACAGUACAAGGAUGUGGCAAAGCCAGUCAUUGAAUUAUACAAGAGCCGAGGAGUGCUCCACCAAUUUUCUGGGACGGAGACUAACAAAAUCUGGCCCUAUGUUUACACGCUUUUCUCGAACAAGAUCACACCUAUUCAGUCCAAAGAAGCCUACUGACACUGCCCAAUGGAAGAAUCAGGAAGAUGUGGUCAUUCAUUCAAUCGUGUGUGUAGUAUUGGUGCUGUGUCCAAAUUAGAAGCUCGCUGUGAUAGCCUGCAGCAUCUUUUCUAGUUCAAAUGGUGAACUGACAGGAAAACUAAUGAGUAGAAAGAAUUCACGAAGAGGCCCUCCUCUGUCUUUCAAAAGAAUGGUCACCUACCUAUGUUGAAGGUGUCUCUGCACAUGUUUCAAGCCUCUCACAAGGAAGCAAGUACAGGCUGGAUUUGAAAUGAUAUAUACCCAGAGCUCUAGCUGAUUUUUGACAGCUAUGUUGUUGCUCUAGUAGUCUUUCUACACAUUAUGGUGGUGGUCUCCGGUUCUCCCCAUCCCCCCAAAGACUGUUGAACCAUAGUACCAGUAAGCCAGAGAAUGGCAAGAGCUCUAGUCCAGGCCUUCUCUGGUGUGUGCCCUCCUGGUGACAAUGAAAUUGAAGUUAAUUGCUCUCAGUCAUUGUUUCUCUGGUCUUGAGUGACUAUGUCCACAAUUCAUUUUUUCUGGUAGGAUUGACUCCUUCUUUUCUGCAAUCAUGCUCCAUAUAGAAUCUCCUUUUCAGACGUCCUGGGAUGAGAGGAUUUGGCUUCUAUUUUUUUAAGACUGUAUUUUUUACAUCUGUUUUGUCUCUUCCUAGGCUAUUAAAUAUAGGCUAUCCCUCUCAAGUUCUUCUAAGAACGGAGAGUGAGGGGACUAUAUUGAGUCUCUUCAUGUACCAGGAAUUGAGCUAUGCAGAGGGUCUUACUUAAACUUGCUUGUCUGACUCUCGUAAAUUGACCCUGCUUCUUUCUUUUAUUAUGAAAAAAUUAACCCCCUAAAAGUCUUUUGGGGACCCCCUAAAGUCUUUUGGGAAUACUCAAAAAAAAAAAAAAACCAUAGGAAAUAUUUACCUACAUAAAUGUUGAAAGAUUAUAUCUUAUAUAUAGAAGUAACAAGACCAUAUGGAAUUACUGGACUAAUAGAAUAAAUAGUUAAGCUUUUUAUUCAAGACAACAAAAUGUAUUUUUAAAAUGCUGCUAACUAUCGAUGCUGACAGUGUUUCUCUCCUGUGAGUGACCCAAGCAUAUUAUAAAUAGUUGUUACAGAGAAUGGAGCCUGUGCGGUUGAGCAGAAUGUUGCACUCGCUGUGCCUAGACUAGGUGUGACAGCUUUAGGAUUAUGAGGAAAUAAAAUCUUUAAUUUUUUUUUUUCUGUUCCAAAGAUGCAUUCUAUGGGGUGGCCAUAAAGUCUAGAUUUAGAUACUAAUAUUUGUCAUUCAUCAUAAUGGAAUAUCAGUAAGCCAUUUGUUAAAAGCUUUGCCUGGUUUCCAGACUUGGUGGCCACCUUGAGUAAUUCUUUCUGUCCUCUGGGAAGGACAAUUAAAUUUAUUCCUGCUGCCUUAAAAAUACAUAUCCCUUCUUCAUGCAUCAUGACUGUACCCAGCGAGCAUCCUUUACUAUUCCUGGGAGUGACUUUUGUCUAACCCUUCAUACUGGUGAGGAAAAAAAGAAGCUUAUUUCAACACUUCAGUAGUGUUGAAACACAUUAUUUACUUUAUGAAGAUGUCCCAGUGAAUCUGAGUCAAUUCACUGUCUCAUAUAUGAUAUGAGCACAUCUUCCUUACUCUUACCAGUUCCUCUCCUUUUGUCCCUUACGUGAAUGUUCUUUGACUACCUUAGUGAAAAUUUAGACCAGUCUCUUCCUCAUUCUCUCAAUGACAGCAAAGUAAGAUGAUUUGCCUUUUAGGUUUAUACAGUAAAAAUGCCCCGUUCACAUCUAUGAAACAUCAGUGCAUUAUAUUUUAUUGACUCUGAGCACUUUUUAGAAUUUAGAAUUGCAAUUGAAUGCCAGCUGAUGGAGACAGGGUGAAUAUUAGACAUGUAGUAAAGCUCAGGUUUCCUGGGGAACCAGGUACAGAGAAAAACAAAUCUGAUAUGAGGAAAAUUGCACAAUUAGAGCAGUACUGCCAUGGAGACAAUUUCUGCAAACUAGGCAAAGUAGACAGUUAAAGUUAUUAUAUGGAUAACUCAAAAGAGGAAAUUAUGUGCUUUGUUGGAAGCAGAAAAAUCUUCAAACUUCUUUCUUCACUUAUCUUUGUGUUUAGCAGACCUUUCAAUGUGAUCACUGCCUUUGGAUUUUGGGGAAGGGAAUGGGAAAAGGCCCAAUCCCUGUUUACAUAUUUUACUCUUCUAUCCAUCCUUCCCUCCCUCUUCCAGCUUAAAUAGACAAUUGCAGCCAACAUUGAGUCACUCAGUAAGUCUCAGCAAUGUUUGAUUUUGCAGUUGAGGAUCCUGUGCUAGGUGAGACCAAUAAGAGAAAUACCUUUUCCAUGGUCUUGGAAAGAUGAUGUUUAUUUCAUGGUCAGUGGCCUUACAAAAAAAAAAUCUAUUUCUGCUUUUUAUCAACCUUCUAGUUUUCCCUUAAGUAAUUUUGUACAAAUUUAAGUUAUCUUGAAAAUAUUUUGCCAGAAGUAAAAUUAAAGGAACAUCUUUUCUUGGUUUUCCUUCUAUUGCUACACAUGCAGUUCUUUCAUAUUUAAGCAAAGAGAGUAGUUUGGAUGGUCUUUAAGAUUCCAACCCAGCUCUUAAUUCAGCUCUUUCAUGAUCUUAACAGGCUUCCCGCUUACUUAGAACUUGGAAAUGCUGCUGUGUUUAAUACCCUCCAACACUAAUGCAAGCUUAUGACAGGUACCAUUUAUUGAAGGCCUAUUGAGUGAAAUGUGCAGCUUCAGGACCUUUACAAACAAGUCAUCUCAUGUUUCUAGCAUCCUAUGGGAUUGGCAUGCUCUCGCAUUUAUGAACAAAGAAGGCAAGGGUCAGGGAUGUGAAGCAUCUGGCCCAGGCUCCUGCUGCCAAUGAGCAGUGUUGCAGGGACUCAAACCCAGGUUUUCCUGACUCAGAAGACUGAGUUUGUUCCUUGAUGUUAACUACCUGUGUCUUUUCUCAAGCAACCCAGGGCCCCAAGCCUGCUUUGUUCUGCUUGUAGCCUCACAUCAAGAAUAGCAGUCUCUGUAUGAGAAUGUUCUUUUUUUUUUUUUUUUUCCUCCUUUUGCAUAAGCAAAGGAAGCUGCUAGAGGAGAGUCUGAGUCCUUAGGCCUCCUCCCUAAGUCCUCAUUUAUAAAUAGAAUAAUAGGCUGUCCGAGUGGGCUGGGCUUGGGUCCAGGCUAAUCUGCAGAGGAGGCGAGCUCAUGUUCCUUCCCUACCCUUUCUAUGUCCACUGCAUCGUGUCCCUGAAAUGGCCUUCACCUUUGAGCCAUCCCCAGACAUGGUGCUCACACAUAGGCCUGGGCUCCUUGGACAGAUCCAGACACUGCUCACUUUCUUCCCUGAGAUUAGAACAGAUCACUCCCUAACUCCCUCUCCAAACAAGUUCCCGAUGAUAAACGAAUCCUUCUCAAAGUGCUGGUAGGUGAACAAAGUGAUGAUUGAGCAUCUAACACAGGGUAACUCUUGACUUUUGUACCAUCAGCCCUACAUUAUAUUAAUAUUGCACAUUAACAGGACUCUGAAUGCCAAAUUCAAACCUUCACCCAUCAUCUGUUUGUCAUGCAACAGUUGUGGCAGUAACCGGGGGGAGAUUCAUUUCUGUCACUUCCCUGCCACCCUCCAGUGGCCAAACUCACACGAGCUCCAUCAUAACCCAAGGUGUGCCCCUCUCUUUGAUAGGGAAGGAAAAAGGUAAGAAUAGGCACAAAUGAUGGAGGAUUCACAGAGAGCAGUAAUUCUGUGGCCUUUUCUGCUAUUUAAAAUGUUGAGACAGGAUAACUUUAGAUAGAAAGAUGCCUGCACAAACCCAUAAGGAGUAUAUCCUGAGUUCAAUAUUUGACUUCAUCCAUUUGUCUAAGGAGCUUAAGCCUGCUGGAGGUCUUUGCUCAAAUCACAUAUUUCCAAAUGUGUUAAUGUAUAGGCAUUCUUAUGAUUACUAUUUAUUUACUCCACGCUAAGCACGUUACUUGCAUUUUCUAAUUAAAUCCUCAACAAUUACCUAAUGUAAUUAGUUGGUAAUUGAUAAUAGAUAUUAUCUCAAUUAACAUGCCUCCUUAUAUUUAAAAGCUGAAAUAAUCCUGUUCAUUUAAACAUGUAUUUUCAUGUACCUAUAUGGAUUAAUCAGGAAAUUUAAAAGGGCCUUCUUUUGUACCUUUCCCUAGUUUGAGCUCCCCAUUCUCAUUAGUAGAUAAAACAAUGUGUUCGCUCCAGCCUGGAAUCUUUGCUGUUGGUGCUCUGGUGCUGAGACAGAAAAGGGCGCUCAGUGGGUCAUCAUGGUAGUUGCACACUGUGGAUACAGAGGGCACGCAUCUCAUCUGUACUCUGUUGGGUUACAGGAUCUCAGGAGGCAUUUGUGUCCACCUGAUGAAUUUCCUUUAUUACCUUUCAUUUAACACACAGUGUCUUUUCUUUCUGCAGUCGAUUUUGCCAGAGAGGCAAUUCAUAAGGUGAAGGCCAGUUCGCCGGUUCACCAUACGAAUUGCUUUCUCAUUAUCCUCUUCCAUUUUUACUAACUCCUUGGUCAGUGUUUCAAAUGAAGAACCCAGUAAUGGAGACUUCUUUUAAUAUGGGAGUGUGGUCUGGUCAUAAGUUAUCAUUCCUUUCCAUAUAUAACUAGCCCAGUCUUGUUUCCAGAUGAGAAGUGUGUAAGACCCAGAUGUUGAGAAACCAUGAACCUGUAUUUUAACUAUGAAAAAAAUCUGCUUCCUGCAUCCAUUGAGACCAUAUUAUAAUUACCAUUGCUUGUAUAUGCCAUACGUUAUCUUCCUUGUAACAAAUUGCACAGUUCUUGCCAGAAUAAAUGCCAUUAUCUGUAUGCUUCAGGGAAUUCCCCAAUUUGAUCAUUUUGUGUAUGUGAGAGAUUUGCUAAAACAUUUCUAAAAGGGUGAAAGCUCUUGUAUGGCAUAGAUAUGAAUUCCUUCCACUACUCAUAAUUAGGUUAUCCAGGAAGCAUAGUGUCAUUCUUUAAAUAAAAGAUUUCCUGUUUAAAACUUUUCACAGGAGCAGACCACCUGGAAGAUUCUCCCUGGGGUUGAUGUGUGUCUAAUUCAUUUUAUAAACCAUUCUUUUCUUCAUUUUAAAGCUUCGGCUACAAAGUGAGAAAUGUACUCAAUAAAAGCAAACUAUUUUGUAUUUAACUUAGAGAAGAGUAAAGGGAAGAAAAAUGAAAACUCAGUCUUUAUGUAAGCUCCAAGGAUAUUAGGGCUUAGAGGGCUUUUCUAGUUUUAUGAGAAUUUGUACUACUGAAUUUUAUAUAUUCUUGUUUCUGAGAUGAACAGAUCUCUGGGGGGAAAUUGUUGAGUUACAAUGGCAUUUCACUGUGAUCCCUCUCAAGCUCAGAUCAGUUCUCUAACCCAGUGACAGCCUGUCUCUUUGGUUUACUGUCUUGUGAAAUGUCAGCUCAAGUUUCCCAGAAGCCGUGUGUUUACGAUGAGUCAGAGUGCUUUUCCUCAGUGUGACAGUUGUUGGCCUUCUUAAUUUUGGUCUAUGUGCUUAAUUCAAAGUAUCUAAACCUAUAGUCUGAUCUGUAUAUGCUAUCCUGUUAAUUGUAUUAUUGAUGAUUUUGGUUUUCUUGCUUGAAGAUUGAUUAAUACUUUUCAAUUUGAUAGAAAUAAAAGGUUUUUCCUGCUUGUAACUAG